AAAUAAGUACAUUAGAACAUUAUUUAUUUGAAUAUAAUAUAAUUUUAUUUGUGCGAACAAAAUUUUUAUUAGAUUGUGACUAUGAGAGCUACUUGGUGCAACUAAAUAAUUUUAUUUAUGUAUAGCUGUGCCAUAUAAAGAAAUAUUCUUUUGGUUUGAAUAAACGCGAUAUUCAAAAUUAAAAAUAUAAAUAAGUAUUUCUUUUGGUCAAAUAGAUCAAAUCAAGUUGCGCUUGCUAAUAGAUGUAGCUGGCUGCGUCGCGCGCGCCCGUCACUUAUUUUGUUUCUCGUCCUGUAUAGACGUGUGCAGUGUGCAGUGCGUUUUGUCGAAAAUUAUUGUAACAGUGAAGAUGGAUCAUGAGAUGGUGACAUUCUUACAAAAUUCAGGCUUGGAGAGCUACAUAGAAAUUUUCACAAAAAACAAAAUUGAUGAAGAAUUCGUUGCUAUUAAAUGGAUCGAUUAUAACGGGCGAUUGUAUAAAGCAGGGAAAUGUGUUGUACGCACAGAUACACACGACGAUUUGCCACAUUUCGGAUUAGUGACAGCUAUAUUCGUAAAGCAGGAGACAGUAUUGCUUUCAUAUCAAAAUAUACGCACCCUCGGUUUUGACGAACACUGCCAUUCAUAUGUUGUUGAACCUAAUGAAGUUGAUGUUCAGAAUCGAUAUAUUAAUGUCAAUAAUUUGCCAGAUUCAACACCUUUAUAUUUGCGCAAAAUGAAUGAGAAGCAUUAUAUUACUGUUCCUUAUGCCGCAUAAUUAAAAAAAACUUCGAUUUGUUAUUAAAUUAACUAUAUGUAUAAAACUGUAA